ACCACUACCACUACCACUACCACUUACACUACAACAUCUUUCUUGACUACAAGAUUCACAUCUUAAAUCCACUUAACGGUUUAUUUAGAUAUACUUGUUCAUCAGAGUGCGUCGGGUCUUUGCACUCGUGUAUGCGAAAUAUUUCCUACCCAAAAUCAAUAGGUACCCCUCAUACAGGCCUCCUCGUACAGGCCUCCUCCAACCGAUAUUGUGAGCCAUUACGGCUAGGUUAGAUCCUUCUAAAUUUGCUAAGCGAUGAGCUUCCGAGGCUUCCAGAAGAGCGUCGUUCGCGCGCCGCAACAUUUUAGGGUCAAAUUCAACAUCGGAGAGCAAUCGAAGGACCCUGUAUUUAUCGAUGCAGAGCGACGCUUCCACGAGCUCGAGGUCGAAACCAAGCGCCUUCACGAUGAAAGCAAAAAGUACUUUGAUGCCAUCAACGGCAUGCUCAAUCACCAGAUUGAGUUCAGCAAAGUCAUGACAGAAAUCUACAAACCCAUAUCGGGUCGCAUGUCUGAUCCCGAUUCUAUAGAGGUUCAAGAGAACCCCGAAGGCAUCCGUGCCUGUGAAGAGUACGAAUCCGUCGUUAAAGACUUGCAAGAGUCGCUCAAGCCUGAGCUUGAGAUGAUUGAUUCGCGCGUCAUCCGCCCCGCGAAUGAGCUACUUGAUGUACUCAAGAUUAUUCGAAAAACCGCGACGAAGCGCGAGCACAAGAAACUGGACUACGACCGCCACAAUGCGACCCUCAAGAAGCUGCAGGACAAGAAGGAGAAGAGCGCGAAGGACGAGAAGGCUAUAUGGAAGGCCGAGACCGACGUGGAGCAGUCUACCCAGGAGUUUAACUACUUUAACGACUUGCUAAAGGACGAACUGCCCAAGUUGUUCACCCUCGAGCGCCAGUUUAUUAAGCCGCUAUUUCAGUCCUUCUAUUACAUGCAGUUAAACAUAUUCUAUACUCUUCAUGAGAAAAUGCAACACUGCGAUAUCGGAUACUUCGACCUAACACUCGACGUAGAGGAGGCUUUCAUAAGAAAGCGCGCAGAUAUCCAAGAACAAACUGAAAAGCUAAGCAUCGUUCGAUUCAAGACAAGUGGCCAGAAGAAGCCACCACCCAAGUAUGGAAAUAAGCCAGCGGCAAUCGAAGCCGGCCCCAAACCUGCUGGGUUGCUCACCGCGGCCUCACCCACUCCAAGCCCGUCAACCGCAAAAUUCGGUCAACAGUCGCCAUCAUCAGAUGCCGUAGAGAAUCCGCCGCCGCCGUAUUCCGCGAUGUCGUCUGCUACAAAAUCACCGCUAUCGCCAACGUUUGGUAACCACGUUUCACCGGCAUUAGCGGCCGUUGUAGCUGGCAAAUCAAAACCUCCUCCACCGCCAAAGCCGAAACCCCUCCGGUUAUCCGGUGCACCCGCCGUAGAGACUGCCACAGCAUUGUACGACUAUUCGGCUCAAGCGGAAGGCGAUAUUAGUUUCAGGGCGGGGGACGUCAUAGAAAUAGUGACAAGGACACAGAACGAUAAUGAAUGGUGGAUCGGCAAGUGUAACGGAAAGCAGGGCCAAUUUCCCGGUACGUAUCUAGUCGGUCAAGAACCGGGAUAAGCUUAAGCUAACGGCUACAUCAUAGGAAACUAUGUGAGAAUAGGGUAGAGACCUAAUCUCAGAUUAAUACAUGGCUGUGGAUGAUUCAAUUCUAAUUUUGUUCAUCGGGGAAAAGGUGCUUGCUUGGCAGGGGCUGAACAGGAAAGGGGCAUAGGCAUAUGGUGGCAAAGUUUGGUCAGAGGCGUCAGGUAUCCCAGGACUUGGGUUUAAUCCUUUUGAUGAUACAAGGCUUUCAAGCCUUAACCUGCCAGAGGAAGAUCAUGCAGUACAUUCGAGAAUAGGCGAACUUGUGGUAAUCAGUUAGGUGGGCAGGUCAAUAAAUCUCAUCGCUAACACUCUUGAGCAUCUGAGCCCCUGAACUUACAAGCUCCCCACCUCAUUACAAAUAGAACUUCUUUUUGAAUGUGAACAGGUAGCAUGGUAUCACUACGACUAUAAUUCAAGUACUUUUAGUUGAAAGCCUAGAGGGUCGACUGAUAACAAGAGAUUAACGUGAAGAAAGACACCUGGAAACAAUU